AUGUGUUCAGCGUUAAUGAGUUUUAUUUCUCCAAAACACUAUGAUGAUGAUGAUGAUGAUGAUGAUGAUGAUGAUGAUGAUGAUGAUGAUGAUGAUGAUGAUGAUGAUGAUGAUGAUGAUGAUGAUUUGGAUGAUGAUGAUGAUUCGGAUGAUGAUGAGGAUGAUGAUUCGGAUGAUGAUGAUGAUGAUGAUGAUGAUGAUUCGGAUGAUGAUGAGGAUGAUGAUUCGGAUGAUGAUGAUGAUGAUGAUUUGGAUGAUGAUGAUGAUGAUGAUUUGGAUGAUGAUGAUGAUGAUGAUGAUGAUGAUGAUGAUGAUGAUUUGGAUGAUGAUGAUGAUGAUGAUGAUGAUGAUGAUGAUGAUUUGGAUGAUGAUGAUGAUGAUGAUGAUGAUGAUGAUGAUGAUUUGGAUGAUGAUGAUGAUGAUGAUGAUUUGGAUGAUGAUGAUGAUGAUGAUUUAGAUGAUGAUUUGGAUGAUUAUGAUGAUGAUGAUGAUGAUGAUGAUGAUGAUGAUGAUGAUGAUGAUUAG